AUGCAUCCUCCGACCAAUAAGCGUUCUAUGCCUAUGAAGCGAGGUGUAUCCACUCAAAGCCGAAAAGAUCAAAACAGAACUGAAAAGUCGAAAUCGGCAAGAAAACCGGCUCCUCAAGUUCAUUUAAAGAAAGCCAAGGCCAAAUAUCACGAAAACAAAUAUAAACAGAUAAAAAGAACUGGAAAAGGCUUCAAUGCCAAGCCAGACAGCCAUUCACAACCUCUCCAUAAACGUUCGUUUCGCACCAAUGAUGUGGAUAUUCAUUUAGCUUCAACUGUUUCUAAGUCACUGAAGGAUGAUAUCGCACGCUUUAAGGCAAAAAAUGCCGCUAUGGAUGAGUUUGGCGAUAGCCUCAAUGCUGUCUUCAAGUUUGUCCCGCCAACAAUCAUUACACAGCACAUAUCACCAGAGGUGAGCUCCUUCCGAACUUAUCUUCCAAAGUUUAUGCGCAGCGCGCCGAACAAUGUCGUGGCUUAUUUAAGGUGGUAUGAAUGGAGUAACUAUGAAUUAACCAAAGGUAAGCACUUUCAGUCCGCGACAUCUUCCACCACAAAGCUUCGGGGGAAGGGGACGAAUGAAGAUGAAGAAGCAGAGAUAAUAACCGAUGAAGCACAGGGUUGGAAUUCAGAAGGAAAGGAAAAGUUAAGCAACACCAAGCAAACCAUGUCACAGACCUUAAAGGAACGUGAACACAUGCGUGCGCUUUUGCAAAUGUGUCUCAGACACAAUACCGCCCGCCGCAAAGAGGGACUGCACGCUUUUAUUAGGCAUCUUAACAAGAGAGUUCUUAACGAUGCGGUGAGCUGCAAUACGCUUGAUGAGCUUCGCACUACUGCACACCACUCCGUCCUCUACGCCCUGUCCCGUCUCUUGUUGGGAAUGGUCUCAGAGGACAUGGCCAAAAUUGUCUUGAACUGUCAUGCGCUUUACCUGGUCUUGACGCAGACACCUAUCAGUCCAGCUGUGGUGCUGUCCAUAAUGGAAGAAGAGUUUGCGAUGAAGGAUCGUAUGAAAGCCGUUCAGCUGCAUCUUAGUCAAUCGAAGAAUCAUAACAGCAGUACUGAUCCCAACGACGACAACGCCGAGUUAGAUCUCGAUCCAGACGCAAUCAACGACCCUACCAAAGGUGAGCGCAAUCAACGUCUUACGGCAGCCGUGUUUGCCUUGGCUGCUAUUGUGGCCGCAGGGGCUGGGAACAUGAAAACCGAGCACGCGCGUCGUCUGGUUUCCUUUCUUUCAUUUUGUUAUGUGGAGCAAAAGGCCGCUCGUGUUCUUACAGGCAAUUCUCUUUUCAUGUAUGUUGAUCGCAACACACGGAUUUACGAGGACAGCGAAGCCAUGACAUGGGUUGCGUUCGCCUUUUUUCACUAUCCUAAGCUAGAGUACUUCCGUCCAGAGGGAAUUCAGUUUUUGCUCCGUAUCAUGUCUAUGGAUCCGAAGCCGCCUCUGCACAACUUCCCGCAGACAAUAGAGAAGUACGCUGCCAUGGACCCGCUUGAGCCCGGAGUGAUGGAGCAACUGAUAAGUACCCUCUUUCGCAAAGAACAGGUCACUGCAGUUCACCCGAUGGUACACCCUGUCUGGGAUGAUCUCUUCCAGCACAUCUCGCUCCGCAUCGCUCAGGGUGAGUCUAUGAAGGAGCACUUCAGCACCUUUGUGCACACCGCGAUCGCUCCUUACCGACGCGGCAGCGCGGACAUCCCUCGGCGGGCGCUGUUCCAAGUAUUGGUGACGCGGCUAGGCCAACUGGCGGUUAGAAACGAGGAUGCGGCGCAGCGUGUGGAGCUGCUCCACAUGGCUAGCAAGAAUGUGGGGUAUGGCAAGCACACCAUCGCCAAGCCAACCCCCAUUGCUGAGCUGAAAACCCUCACCAUCGCUGCUCUGGACGCCAAAGUCGACGACCUCCUUCGGCAGUAUCGGUUUACCAAGGACAUCGACCCGGCAGCUCGGACGAACCGUACGUGGGCACUUCGUGAGCUCCGUAAUAGCCUCAGCGUUUCACUCCGCAGCGAUGUGCGGUGUGAAUACGCAGACAAGGCCGCAAAGGCAAUGCUAGAGAUGGGUUUCUUUCCACCCCAUCAGUCGAGGGAUACUGCCAGUCAAAAUCAUUGUAUCUACCUCUUCGCGGAGACCUUUUCCUUCACUUCGGACCGUCCACUAGCCCGUCCGAGAUGCACCAUGGAGGGCUUAUCUUUGAUAGCUACUUACCUUUCUGCAGAAGAAAAGGGCAAGUGUCGCUAUACAACCGCACUGCAACACUCCAGUUUUCGUAAGUCCCGCAAUCGAAUUGUUGAGGCGCUGGAGAAGCAUGCCGAGCGCAGCGUUUUGUUCUACAAUAUCCGCGAUAUAGAGGUCCUUAUGGUUCUUAUCUUUCUAGUUUUGAGCGUCGACGAUGCCUCUAACCCUGCAGCUACUGAGAUCGCCACCAGUCUCGUACCUGACCUUGUACAAUUUUACUACACAGGUUCACUCGAGACCUUUGGCCUAUUUUUCGAUGUUUUAAUGAGCCUUGCUUUGCGUGCGAGUUCCCCUCUGCAUGUGAUGCCACUCAUGACCUGUAUUCGACGAAUUGCAAUGCGGUUUAUGCUGAAGUUCGCCCCUUUCAUUCGCUCGAGGGCUACAAUCGAUAUCCUGACGGAUCCUCUGCGCGAAGCCUAUCACACCGAUACCCGAGAGCUGGCUCGACAGCAACGCUUAAAGAAUGCCGAAGACGCCAAUGAAAAGGAGGAUGACUUUAGCAAUGAAAGCAGCGAAGUUGAGAACGACCACAUGACUGAGGGAAAUUCAUCGGAUAAUGAUCAUGCGAGUCACGUCAGUGAGGCCUCCGAGGCAACCCAUAGCGAAGACGCGAAAUCAACCUCAACGGUGCCCAAUGACAGUGAUGAAGAUACCGAGGUGGAGGAGAAUCAAGAGAGCUGCGAGUCGGCCCAAGAUGGGAGUGAUAAGGACACCGAGGACGUGGACGACGAAUCGUCUACCGCGGCUACGGAGCUGAGCAACGACGAUACGAGCAGUGAUGAUAUGUCUAUGGACACCGAUGAGGCUCCCACACAAGAGUUUGUGGAUGCUUUGAAAGGUAUGAUUGGCAAUGCUGAUCUUGACCACCAGUACGCCACCGAUACCACCAAUAAAGACAAAAGCGAUGCAGCGUGGAUGCUGCAGUUGGUAAGCCGCGUGGGGUCAUCGAUGCGGUCACCCCUUAUAGUCCACAUCUACCAAAUUCUCUUGGCGGUAUGCCGUGAAACGGUCAAGUCAUCCGAUGACUUAAUCUUUAAUACAGCCGUUUCCUCUCUUGAGACGUUGCUACUUUCUCAAAAUCGAUAUUUUGGGCACUUCCUCCCCGCGAUGGACCUUUUCCAACUCCUUGGCGAUAUCCAAAGCUACUGCAGAAAGCUUGAGAGCGGCCUCGCACGUGGUAAUAAAGAGUUUGCCACAACCAAGAGCGUUAACAUCGCGCUGCGCCGGUUGAAGGUGCUCAAGGCCCUGGCCUUGCGUGUCUUUCACUUUGUGAGCUUCCUGGCCUACAAAAACCACGCUGACGAGGAGGUUCGCAUCACAAUUUCAGAGUACUACAAAUCCAUCUUCUGCGACCGUGGCUGGGUGAUGAAGCAGGUGCUACCGGGGUUCAAGAAAGAUCUCUAUAGCUAUCGGCAGGGCUUUGUUUGGGCCCUUCUGCCGUCUGUAUUUGAGAAAUUUGACGAAGUGGUCGCACUCAACGCUCCACAGCGUGCACGCGUACUUACAGGCUGCUGUACGAUCAUUGAAUCCCUUCUUAGCCGCUUCACCGGGCUCCCGGCAGAGCUGAAAAUGAGUGCGAGCACCGCCAUUUGCAAAUUCCUCCAGUCCAUUACACUGCCGCAAGUUUACGAAAUGAAGCACACGUUGCCUUUUACCUAUCUGCAUACUAUAAAGAUGGUUCUGAAGUAUAAUAGUCGUGUUCAUCUCGACCUAAGCUGGGUGGCCACCAACGUGGUAAAGACGGCGGUCGAGGAUGAAAGUCUUCAAUUUUCAAGCCCAUCGCUGCGCGUUUUGUCGUCUAUUGAGCAUCUGCUUGGCCUCACACCACGGGCACUCGAAACGGUCACCCCAACCCCUGUCAAGGUUCUUUUUGAGCAGUUCAGCAAGACCGGUGCAGAGAAGAAGAAGGAAUUUUACUCCAAAAACAAGAGGGCGCGAGCGAGGGUGCUAAAGGCUCUGUUAGCCUUCCGCAAUCAGGAUCUGACGGAUGAGGAGCGCGCGCUCAAGCGACGUCGCCGUGAGGAUCGGAAGGUGGAGGUUCGUUUCGAACGGCAGCUUGUGCGUGAAAAUCGAAAUGGCUUGCUCACAAAAGAAGAACGUGAAGAGAGGCGAAAACAAUUCAUGGUUGCUAAGCAGGAGCGUAUCAAGAGGAAUCGAGAACGCCGAAUGCGUAUACAUAAAGCACGUCAACAGUCUUUUGAGAAGUGGCGAGAGGCGAAGUUGGCCGCCGCAGCUACGCGUGUUGCUGAGGAUUACGACUCCAAUGAGGAGUGA